CAAGAAAACAAAACAAAACCCCAUUUUUUAAAAACUUGAAAAGAACGUUGAUUUUUUGGCAGGCAGCUCUAAACCCGCAACAACGCACUCCGGAAUCUCUCUCCGACGCCCUCACCGUUAACCGGGUUUUUGACUAUUUUAACUGUUACCGGAGCACUAGAAAUGGAAGCUGAGAACAGUCUUCACAAGCAAGCUACUGAAGUCUUUAACGGAAGAGGCGAGAGCUCGCGUUCCAAUGCCAGCGAGGCACAGCCUAAUGCGAAAAGGGUCAGGGUGGAGAAGGAACUAACUUUUAAGGACAUGUAUGAGAACAAAGAGUUGUUCGAGGAGGAUGACGAGGAGGACACUGAUUGGGAGCCGUGUCCCGUGGAGAAGUGUGUUGAAGUCGUCAAGUGGUUCUGUAGAAACUGUACUAUGGAUAACCUAGACAUUAAUAUCUGCUGCGAAGUAUGUGGGGAGCAUAAAGAUUCUAAAAUCCUAACCCUUGGGCAUUUUGCAUCACCCUUUGCACAAGAUGGAAAUCUGAAUGAAAUCCAGCCAAGUAUAAAAGUAAUGAGAGAUCUUGACUCCCAGGAAUCAGCUGCAAACAGUUCUACGGCAAUUGGCUUUGACGAAAGAAUGUUGUUACAUUCAGAAGUUGAAAAGAAAUCGCAUCCACACCCUGAAAGGCCAGAUCGACUUCGAGCAAUUGUUGCUAGUCUUACGAGAGCUGGUAUAUUUCCAGGAAGAUGCUAUCCAAUUCCUGCUAGAGAAAUCACUCAAGAAGAACUUAUGAUGGUUCAUUCUUCGGAGCAUAUUGAAUCUGUGGAAGUUACAAGCAAGUUAAUGUCUAGUUAUUUCACUUCCGACACAUACGCGAACAAGCAUUCAGCAUGUGCUGCUAGGCUUGCAGCUGGGUUAUGUGCUGAUCUGGCAUCGGCAAUUGUUUCUGGGCGUGUCAGAAAUGGAUUUGCUUUGGUUAGACCUCCUGGUCAUCAUGCUGGUGUAAAAGAUGUGAUGGGGUUUUGUCUACACAAUAAUGCUGCAGUGGCAGCAUUGGCAGCUCAGGCUGCAGGGGCUAGGAAAGUUCUAAUUUUAGAUUGGGAUGUUCAUCACGGAAAUGGCACACAGGAAAUAUUUGAGAAAAAAAAAUCGGUCUUGUAUAUUUCAUUGCAUAGACAUGAGGACGGAACAUUUUAUCCUGGUACUGGAGGUGCUCAUGAGGUUGGUUACAUGGGUGCAGAAGGAUACUGUGUGAAUAUUCCAUGGAGUCGAGGUGGUGUUAGUGAUAAUGAUUACAAUUUUGCAUUUCAGCAAGUUGUACUUCCUAUAGCUUCUGAAUUUGCUCCCGAUUUUACCAUAAUAUCAGCGGGAUUUGAUGCUGCCAGAGGUGAUCCCCUAGGAGGUUGUGAUAUUACUCCCUCUGGCUAUGCACAGAUGACACACAUGUUGAAUGCCCUAUCUGGUGGAAAAAUGCUUGUUAUUCUUGAGGGGGGCUAUAAUCUCCGUUCUAUAUCAUCUUCCGCAACUGCAGUAAUCAAGGUAUUACUGGGUGAGAGUCAUGUACCCGAACUGGAAAACAGUUUCCCUACCAAAUCUGGCCUGCAGACUGUUUUCGAAGUCCUCGACGUUCAGAAUAAUUUUUGGCCUUCCUUGAAACCUAUCUUUGAAAAUGUGAUGUCACUUUGGGAAAUGCGCUGUCUUGGAAAAAAAGUUGUAGGCAAACAGACAAAAAAGAGACGCCGAAUUGUGGUACCAAAAUGGUGGAGGUGGGGUCGUAGAAGUUUCUUAUUCCAAAUGCUGAAUGGUCAUCUCCGUGUAAAAUCAAAACGACUUUGUUGAGCUGGAUUUUGAAGUACAGGAAUACCUGGUAGUUAUCAGCAUGUUGUAUAUUCCAUCUUGAUUCCAGAUAAUAUAUUUUUUGGUUGACCUUGUAAAGUGCAUUAAGGUUGACGUAGAAAUUGUGAAAGAGCAGCUUAGAAGAAACUUUUCGGGUAGGUAAAAGAUAAAAAUGACUUGUUUGAAUAUUUAAGAAGCUACUUGAGAAUGUGAGGAAUUAAUUGUUUUUAUACCUGUUAUAAAAGCAAACUGAUGUUGUAACUUGUAAUCGCCUUUCAACUUAAUGCAUGCAGAAUUUUCCGUUCUUAAAA